AUGCAACAUUUUCAACCGCUAUGGGAGUCCAACCAUCCAUUUGGGCCUUUAAUUAAAAGCAGGCAUACUUUACUGACGCCGUCUUUGUACAACCUUCUCAUAUGGGUCCUCCUUGGAUUGUUGACGUUCCCUUGCUGUGUCCGCUGUUUGGUAUUCAAAGUGGGCGUCCUGGGGCCUUGGAACUGUGACCCGGUGUUCUACAAGACGCUGCCGGGCGCCGCGGCAAGACUUGCUGUAAACAGGAUUAACGAGGACCUCAGUUUGAAUUUGGGCCUGGAGAUCGACUUUGUCAUCCUGCAGGAGCCUUGCGAAACUUCCAAAGCUUUGACUGAAUUCAUACGAUACGAAAAUAUGGCGGAUGCGUUUGUGGGCCCCACUAAUCCUGGAUACUGUACCGCAGCAUCACUGCUGGCAAAGAACUGGGACCAGGCCAUCUUCUCCCACGGGUGUGUCAAUUUUGAGCUGGACCGCAUUACGGGAUACCCGACCUUUUCCAGGACAGUACCGUUUCCCUCCGAGGUUCUUUUCACGGUGUUGAAACACUUCCGGUGGGCUAACAUCGUGGUGGUGUCAUCCAAUGAAGACAUCUGGAUGGACACAGCGGAGAGAGUGGCUGCUGCCAUGAGGAGGAAGGGGCUUCCCGUCGCCUUGGUUACGUCUGUGGGUAUCAACGAGACCCAAGUUGAGAGCACGCUGAGGAAGAUCCAAGACGCAGGGGAAAUAAGAGUGAUCGUCAUGUGCAUGCACUCUGUGCUGCUCGGAGGAGAGCAGCAGGCUACUUUCCUCGUCAAGGCCCAACAAAUGGGUUUGACUUCGGGCAAGUACGUUUUCGUGCCCUACGACGCCCUGUACUACAGCUUGCCCUACAACGUCCCCUACUUUCCGCUGCAAAACAACAGCAAGCUGAGUGAAGCCUAUGACGCCGUGCUCACAAUCACAAUAAUCUCAGACCCGGUUUCCUUCAACGAGGCGUACACACGGGCUCAAGAGAGCGGGGAAGUGAGGCUGACUGUGGCUGCCGAGAAGGUGAAUCCACUAUUCGGCACAAUUUAUAACAGCAUUUAUCUCCUUGCCAACUCCAUCCACAAGACCAGGAGAGCCGGAAUGCCUCUGUCAGGCUCAAACCUGGCCUUCUUUACCAAAAACAUAUCCUUCGAUGGCUUCAACCAGAAGGUCCUGGUCGAUAAUAGAGGUGAACUCAAAACCAGCUACAUCAUCCUGGACACCAGCGACGCCGGCAGUCAGCUGUACCCAACCUACGUGGUGGAUGUCACAUCCGGGCGGCUUCGGUUUGCCGGGAGGUCUAUUAGUUUCCCAGGAGGGUCUCCUCCACCGUCCGAUUCCAGCUGCUGGUUUGUUCAGAGUGCUCUCUGCAAAGGAAGCGUGGAGGUCACCUACAUCCUCGUGGUGUUUGGAGUCAUCUUGGCUCUGGCUGUAACGGGGCUUCUGAUCAGUCUAUACAUCAGGAGAAGACUCCAGCAAAUCCAACUGGUCAAAGGCCCAAAUCGGAUCCUGCUGACUUUAGAGGACCUUACUUUCAUCAACCCUCAGAUUAGCAAGAGGAAAAUCACUUUAGAGGAUAUGAGUGAGUCCAGGAGUGCUGUGGAAGAGAAAUCAGCUGACCGCCCACAUUCAGUGAACAGCAUGCACACAGUGACGCAUGAGACCACCAAUGUUGCCGUUUUUGAGGGUGACUUGGUGUGGCUAAAGAAAUUUGAGGAUGGCCAGUUUAAGGAGGUGAAACAAAGCGGCACAAGGAUUUUUACAAAGAUGAAGGACUUGAGAAAUGAGAACGUGAAUCUUUUCCUGGGCUUCUUCACGGAGAGCUCCAUGUUUGCCGUGGUGACGGAGCACUGCUCCAGGGGAAGUCUGCAGGACCUGCUUAGGAACGAGGACGUCAAAUUAGACUGGAUGUUCAAGUCCUCGCUUUUACUUGACCUCAUCAAGGGUAUGAAAUACCUCCACCAUCGAGAUUUCCCACACGGCCGGCUAAAAUCUCGAAACUGUGUGGUGGACGGGCGCUUUGUUCUCAAGAUCACAGACUAUGGCUUUAAUGAGCUCCUAGAAUCUCAAAAAGCUCCUUUCAAACAACCACCACCUGAAGAACUUUUUUGGACUGCUCCUGAAUUCCUGAGGGAUCUCCCAAGCUCCCGUAAAGGCACCUACAAGGGGGACGUAUACAGUUUUUCCAUUAUUCUCCAAGAGGUGGUGGUUCGAGGACCACCGUACUGCAUGCUGGGCCUACCACCCGAAGAGAUCAUUCGAAAGGUUAAGAAACCCCCUCCAAUGUGUCGGCCCACUGUAGCUCCCGACCAGGCUCCUCUGGAAUGUAUCCAGCUGAUGAAGCAGUGCUGGAGUGAGCUUCCAGACAGAAGACCCAAUUUUGAUGAGAUUUUUGACAGGUUCAAAAUCAUCAACAAGGGUAAGAAGACCAACAUCAUUGACUCCAUGUUGAGGAUGUUGGAGCAGUACAGCUCCAAUCUGGAGGACCUCAUCCGAGAGCGAACGGAGGAGCUGGAGGUGGAGAAGCAAAGGACAGAGAAAUUGCUCUCUGAGAUGCUUCCACCCUCGGUGGCUGAGGCGCUGAAAACCGGCGCCACCGUGGAGCCCGAGUACUUCGACCAGGUGACCAUCUACUUCAGUGACAUAGUGGGGUUCACCACCAUCUCGUCGCUCAGUGACCCCAUCGAGGUGGUUGACCUUCUCAACGACCUUUACACUCUGUUCGAUGCUGUGCUUAGCAACCACGAUGUCUACAAGGUGGAAACCAUCGGUGAUGCUUACAUGGUGGCGUCGGGCUUGCCGAAGAGAAACGGCAACAAGCAUGCCGCUGAAGUGGCCAACAUGUCUCUGAACAUCCUCAGCUCGGUGGGAACCUUCCGGAUGCGCCAUAUGCCGGACGUUCCUGUCAGGAUACGAAUCGGGAUCCACUCAGGGCCAUGCGUCGCUGGAGUGGUGGGCCUGACCAUGCCUCGCUACUGCCUAUUUGGAGACACCGUCAACACCGCCUCCAGAAUGGAAUCCACCAGCUUGCCUUACAGAAUCCACGUAAACUUGAGCACUGUGAACAUCCUCCGCUCUCUCAAGGAAGGUUAUAAAAUAGAAGUCAGAGGCAAGACGGAGCUGAAGGGGAAAGGCAUCGAAGAGACGUACUGGCUCGUAGGGAAGUCGGACUUUGCAAAGCCUUUGCCAAAACCGCCAGAGAUCAAACCGGGUGUCAACUGGCAGGAGAUGGUGACUGAUGAGAUCAAGAGCCUUUUUCGCAAGGCCAACAGGCCAGUGGACAAGCAAAAAAUGAGCGUAAAAGAAGGAAAGAUGUGAAAGGAAUGAAGCCAUAGCACAGAUUCCUUCUGGGAAAAGGAGAAGCGGGUCCGAGGAUGUAAAAGCGGUACCCGGCCUCUCUUCCCGUGGCUUAACGCAGACUCCUUUAAGAGGAUUGUCCAUCGACUGGCUAAUCCGCCUGCAGCCGACACAGCGGAACACGAUGGUGCUAAUGUAAUGAGACUGGUCCUGUGACCUGCCUGCCUGCUGCUGCCAGUAGACCAGGGACUGAUCUUUAGUCAAAGAUGUAUGCACUUUUACUUGCUGCACUCACUGGCCACUGAGGGGGGUCACCAAAAUGAUACAAAGAGGGGAUGUUCCCGGAUGCCUCGUUUAAAAUAAGAUUUGUAUUGUCUGUGUUAGCUUUGACAUGAAUGCUCUUAAUAGGGGACUUAGCUGGCAGGAUAUUGCACAAUGAUAAGUCCUAAAAUAUAAAGGCUACUUUUUCGAUACUGUACUAUAGAAAUGAAUAUAAAAAAAAAAAAAAAAAAUCUUGGAGGGCAUCAUGAUGCUACAAAAUGAAUCAGAAAAAAGUGAGCAUCAAUAAUGGAGAGAAAAAAAGACCAAUAAAAAUUUAAAAAAAAUAUUUAUAUAAAAAUUCGCUCUUGGUAAUUGCUAUGAUUAUUUACACAAUCUUAUGCACCCACUGUGUUUGUUCAUUUUAAUUUAGUUUAAAUCUAGUUUAAAUCUACCGUGAUACUGUAAAUCUCCAGAAAUUGUCUUUUCCCUGUAAUGUGAUUGUAAAUAUGUCUUGUAAAUUUGACCCAACAUAGAGAAGUGCCAAGUCACCAAGUAACUACACUUAAAUGUCAAACUAAUAAAUCUAUAAAGAAUUCGACAAUAAUCAUUAUGCUGCUUCCUCAGCGACACUGAGCAAGGUGGGAGAACAGGAAAUCAAAGAAAAACAAUUUUAUUAAAUUAUUUUAGUCCUAGAAUUUGCUUAUUUACACUUUUGUCAGUUGUCUCCAUGCAAUGGUUAGACAGUCUGAUUCACGAUUCAAAGGUUCAGGGUUUGAAUCUUGACAAAACAGUGCAAUAUCAUACUCUACUUGAGCAAAUGUAGGCGUGUUACAUUUUUCAAAAAAAAAAAAUCUGUUCCACACUGAUUAACAAAAGUUAGAACAUUAACUCCAUAAUGUUAAUGAACAGACAGGAAGCUAAAAAUUAAAAUGUGCCUCCAGAAUGAGUUCCCAGCUCACCAUGAGGACCCUACACUCCAGUUUCAGCCCAGCCUCUCCUUUAUGCAGGUUAUCCCUCCAAAGACUUUUAUUUAGUCUAGCAAUGGUUGAACAAGUCAAGCCUGACAUUCUUGGGAUAGCUGACUGCGGCAGAUAAGCCCCGGGGUCACAUUGCCUGUUCAUCCCAAACAUAGUGGAAAAUGUGUGAUGCCUUCUUUAGUGGAGCAAAAAUGAACAAGUCACACAUGUGUACUUUUUUUGUUUUAUUGAAAAACAAAUCGUGUUCAUAGUCACAUAAUUCCAACAGCAUUUCCGUGGACAGCAAUAAACAGGGUGAAUGUGCUGAGCAUAAAUUAAAACCAAAAAUGUAACAGGCAGGCUAGUAGAAGUCAGUGCAGGCAGAAAGAGAAGUGACAAGUUGCUGCUGAUUUUUAAAAAGCACUGUCAAACAAGAGAAAUGACAAGUUGUUGACUUUUAGAAAUCUUAUGAUGUUAAAGAUAAUAUGAGCACCAUCGUUUGACCUAUGCUGUCAAUAGCAGGCUGCGGGGGAAUUAGGUCACAUAAAAUAUACGCAAGAAAAAUCUUAAUGAAGCUCACAUUUGGAAAACAAUAUUCAAAUAAAGGAGGGUGUCUCAAAAGUUCA